GUCUUUCGAGCAGUACCUUUAUCCACGUUUAUUCCAUUGAAGAAUUCCGAGAUAUAAAAUUUACAAUCAGGAUAUAAAAUUAUGUAGAUUCAGUUGAUUAUCUAACGUAUAUCAAAAUAUUCUGAUUUAUAAUUGAUAUGGAGGCAAAUUCGGUUGAGUCUCAACCGGAAGCGUCUCAGUCUGGUGAGGCGUCACCUGCUAAAGUAUUUACAAAUACGGGAGAAAAUAAAGACGGAAUAGAAGAUAAAUGUGAAAACAACCAAGAAAAUACGGAGGAGAAUGUAGGCCAAAUUUUUAAUUGACUGAUUUAUUACUAAAAAAUUUUCUUGAAUCCCAGAAAUCGAUAAUUUUGUCGGUUCUAAAUGUAUAUAUAAUAUGGGAUAUUUCAUUAUAAAUAUUGUGUUAUAUACGCUAUGUUAGUAAAUAAGCAUGAUAGAAAACAUUUCCAAUGUAAUUUUUAAGUUUAUUACAAUUCGCCUCAUUUUUUGAUUGACCUUUGAAGAGGUCAAAAAUAUUGUAUACAAAAUUAUCUUAUUAAAUUCAAUAUUGGUAGCCCGAGUGCAGAUAGAUUACAUAUUAACUGCCUGCAGCAAACUGAUCGGCCUCAAACUCCCGUGGGUGAUAAAACUAGAAAACCAUCAGCUAAAAGACGCCUACUAAGUAAUAAUACUGGAUCUGGAACAGACGACGAUGAUAAACCAAAGCCGGCUCCUAAAAGACGAAAAUCUCAACAUGUCGAUACCUCACCUCAACAACAAUCCGGUGUAAUACGUACUCCUGUUUCAGAGAGAAAGCAGAUGCAAUUACUUAUGCAAAUGACCGCUCCCGAAAGUUCGAGGUAUUAAUCUCCCUGCUGGUUUCCUUAAAACUAUUAUUUACAACUAUUCCAUGUUUUUUUUAGUAGGUCAUCAUCUCCUUCUCUCACCCCUAAAACAGAAACAAAAAAAGUAGAGCGAAGAAAUGACAAGGGUGAAACUCCGUUACAUAUAGCUGCCAUAAAAGGGGAUGUUAACCAAGCAAGGAAGCUGAUCAAACUUGGCGCAAACGUAAAUGCCCAAGAUAACGCCGGUUGGACGCCUCUACACGAAGCUUGUAAUAGGGGGAGCGUCGACGUAGCGAAAAUCUUAAUAGAAAAUGGCGCCGAAGUCAAUAUACCGGGUUACGACAACGAUACACCACUUCAUGACGCCGCUAUGUGCGGUCGGAGACGCCUGGUCAAAUUACUUUUAAAAUCGGGUGCUGAUCCGCAAUUAGUGAAUAAAAACGCUAAAAAACCCUUUGAUGUCGCUAAAAGUGAAAAAGUUAAAAAAUUAUUAGAAGGAGGUGACGUAGAAAGUUCUGACGAAGACGAUAAAGACGACGACAAUCAACAACCGGAGAGAAUAACUCUAAAACUAAAGCAACAAAUAGUCACUACAUCAUCUUCCGAUUCUACAACUUAUCGCUUAGUCUCAUCUGUCGCUCCAAGUGUUGCUCCAGCAACGUUUUCCGAUAUUAGUGAUGAAGAAGACGAAGAUGAGAGUAAUCUAAGAGCCGCUAUCGAUGCAACAACCACUAAACGUAGUCCAUCUCCAGGAGAUGGUGAGAAGAAAGAAGAGGAGCCUUUAGCUCUUCCUCUAACUCCGGGACAACCGGUUGCUGUAAAGCAAGAAGUUGAAGAAGAAAAAACGGAACCGGUUCAAAUUAAGCAAGAAUUGCCUGAUGAGGUCGAGGAGAGCGCAGAUGUUAAAAAAGAGAUUGACGACCAGGCGAUAAAACGAGAAAUUAAGGAAGAACCGGAAGAGCAGGAACCUAAAGUACCACCAAUAAAAAUAUUCCGAGAGAACAGUAAGGGCAGCAAAAAGACGAGUGAGGAGGACGUUAGUUACGUUGUUAGAAGUAGCGAGGCUUCAACCUCAAUGGACACUACUGGAACGGCGAUAACCAGUAGAAAAGAGGACAUUGUCCUCAGUAAAGAUCCACAAACGGUUGAGGAACGAAGAAUUACUAGAUCCGCUUUUCGGUCGCAGCAGCAAAAAGAACAGAAAGAGCAGAAUAAGGACGAUGAUGAUGACAAGGAAAAGCAAAUUAGGGAGCAAGAGGAAGAUAGUAAUCAAUCUGGUCAUUCAACCGAAACCAUUCGGCGGAAACCUGCGCGACCGAAGACGCCCCCUUGCUACAAGUCAUCCUACGAUUUACAUAACGAAAUACGAAAACAAAUGGACGAACGAUGGAUGUCCAUGAAUUUAUCCCGGGCUCGUCCACGAGCUCCACACGCCUUUAAUCGUUAUCUAAGCGUUACCUGUGAUUACGUUUUGGAAGGAAAACCGAGAAAUUUUGAAAGUUCAGUAAAGCACGACCUACCUGAUAAUUUGAAGAAAAUUUGGCAAGAACAAGAAAAAGAAAGGAUUCAAUUAAGAAUGGAGCAUCAAGUGGAACGAGAUAGAUUGCGUUUGUGUAUGGAGCAAGCAGUUCUCAGAGUACACGGUAGAGCUUCGAGAACGAACCAGGCUGAUACGAUAAAUGUCUGCACAAUUCUCAAGGACCGAGAGACAUACACAAUGAAUCGUUUCGCUACACCAGUGACAACGGGAAAAGGAAGAUUUGCUGGUAGACGCCAGUUUGUUCAAUGGUUGCAAGAUAUAGACGAUAUUUUUGAAAAAAGGAAAGAACAAAUGAUAGCUAGGCAAAAACACGAAGCUGAUGCUCUUUACGCUGUUCAACAGCUCGAUUGGCCUCCCAACACAAACAUUUCUUUACCUAAAGUCAAUGUUGUUAGUUCUUUCGCUUUACUGCCGACUUGAUUAGAAGUUUUAUGAUGAUUUUUUUUUGGAUGGAUUAUACGUACUUGUUUUUUUGCAUGUUAGUAAAUGUUUGUUCCACGACUUUCGUAAUUAGAAGAAUCGAUUGUUUUGUUUUGUUUUCAAAUGAAAUAAUCGAGAAGGAGAGAAGGGAGGAGAGAGUAAAAAAAAAGAACACUUUACAUAAAUCAAAACUCUGUUACUCUGUAGAUGGCACUGCUAGCUAUCUUGAAAAGUAUGGGUUUUGCAUAAGCAUUUUUUCAUUACUACCAGUCAUUUUAUCUAUAGCAUUGAUCUAUCUUCAUAAUUUUAUAUCAAAAAGUUUUACACAUUUAUACACACCUAUAAAGAUAUCGUUUAUUGCCUUGCUUUUUAAAAAACAACGGUUAAAGGAGAAGAGUAGGAAAAUUUUUUCAAAUCCUGUUUAUUCAGACCAAUAUUAGUGUACUGUAAUACUUGUUUUAUGUUUACAAACAUAAUAAAAAAAAGAAAAAAACAGAAAACAAUGCAUUAAAGUUUAAUAAGCCAAGCAUUAAUUAUCUUUCUCAUCACAUACAGUUAUAGUGUCUGUGUAAAGAGAAUCUAGUUAUUUUGUUCAAAUUACAAACUACAAGUGUUUAAUAUUUCAAAAGGAGAGUUAUUUUUUGUCUCAUUCUAAACCAAUAUAAAUUAUUUAUUCCUAGUUUACAAAAGGAUACGAUAUUUAAUGAUCUUUUAUAAGUAUUCCAAAAAACAUAUAUACACUAUUUAUGU